AUGGCAACAAAUAGAGAUAAAAAUCUCAAUACACCCAUGGUAUUAGAAAUGAUAGAGGAAUCCGAUUUUGAUGAUACAGAUAAUGAUCCGUCUUACGAAACGGAAACUGGGGAGGCGUCAUCUUCUGAUGACAAUAAACAUACAAGAUGGAAAACUUCAAACCCUAUUCGGUGGAAGAAAAAUGUUAGAAAACGCCUAUAUAAGAAUGGGAAAGAACACAUGGAUACUUCUGGUAAACAUAAAAAACAGAAAGCACCCAAGCAUACACCGAGUAACAAGACUAGUGAGGAACCAAACCAAGAUCUGAGUAUAAGUAAGAUGUACCAGUUGUAUAAAUUGCAUUGUGAUCAAUUAGUACCACCAAAAACAGAUCCUGUAGAAGAAUUAAAAUACAGAAGAUUAUUUUGUACUGAAUACAACCUUUCCUUCUUUCACCCCAAAAAAGACCAAUGCAUGAAAUAUUCAAAACAUAAAAUCUUAACAGGCAUUGAUAACGUUAAUUUUGAGGAGGAAUACCAGGCUCAUCUCCAACGCAGUAAAGAAGCCCAAGCUGCAAAGUCUUCAGAUAAAUUAAGAGCUACAAAAGAUUCAAAUUUCAUCUCUACUACUUUUGAUCUUCAAAGCGUUCUUCAGCUACCAAAUACCAAUGCAUCACUCCUCUAUUACAGUAGAAAGCUUAGUCUAUACAAUCUCUGUAUUUAUAAUGCAGCCAAACCUAACGAUGCAUUUUGCUACUGCUGGAACGAAGUUCAAGCUGGGCGUGGAAGCAAUGAGAUUGGAACUGCUGUUUACAAUUGGUUAUCAGAUCUACCGAGUAAUAUUAGAGAGGCUAUUAAAUCAUCUACCAAUACCGGAAAACCAGGCACAAUUAAUCGAUCCAUACAAUUACUGUAUCCCAUAGAAAUCCAGUCCAGUCCUGAACCACCAGUAAAUCCACCACAAGACGUUAAUCCACCACAAGUAAUUCAUCCACCAAUAAUGGACCCAAAACCAAGAAGAAGAGCCGCACUGAUAGCUGACGAGAAGAGAAAAUCUUGGUUACCAGAUUUGAUAUAG